GAGAGCCUAUACUAAAGAAAGGAGGGGGCUGCUGUGCGCCAGUUGGAGGUGUCUGCCUGUCGCAGCGGUUUGGGGUUUGACAUUAAGAAGAGCGUGUCCAUGCUUCAGCGAGGAGAUACAGCGCGUUUUGAAGGCGCUGAUACUCACAUUGAACUGGUUCCAGGCAGAUACUCAUCAGACCGAGGAUCCACGGAUGGACAGAGAAAUAUUGCAAUCGGAAUUAACUUGUCAGCCGGUGCGAGGAAUUUCUGGAUAUAAUGGGGAAUACGACACCUAAACCCUUAAUAGAUUCGACUCUGCAACCACGCCCAGUGGCCAACAGGCAGUACUACACCCUGCCGAACAAUGGUGCAGGUGUGGAGAGGAGAACGUCUGCUCCUCCGGUCAGCGUCAACGUGGAGUCGCCCCGCUUUCAUCCCCAUGCCAAAGGCAAGAACAUCAGGCUGGAUGGGCAGCUUCGCCGUGCCACGCGUAAGAACAGCUUCUGUAAUGGCAUCACUUUCAGCCACAGGCCUGUCCACCUCUAUGAGAAGGUGCGUCUUCGUCUGACUGGUGUGCACACUGGCUGGAGUGGAGCUCUACGCUUUGGUUUCACCAGUUUGGACCCCAGCGAAUUGGUCGCUACAGACAUCCCCAAGUACGCCUGUCCGGACCUGGUGACACGGCCUGGCUACUGGGCCAAAGCUCUCCCUGAGAGACUGGCCUUGAAAGACAACGUGCUGUCAUUCUGGGCUGAUCGCCAUGGAAGAGUUUUCUACAGCAUCAAUGAAGGAGAGCCCAUUCUCUUCCACUGUGGGCUCAGCAUCGGCUGUCCACUCUGGGCCAUCAUAGAUAUCUAUGGCAUCACUCAGGAGGUCACACUGCUAGAAAGCACAUUUGCUGAGAGUGUGGGAUCCAGCUGCCUCAGCGCAGCCCGUCUGAGUGCCUAUCUGCCUCAGAGUAGCCACGACUCAGCCAAUUACAGCAACAAUCAACUGGAGAACAACCAGGCUGCUGCUGCCAAGAUGGCCAACCUCCAGCUCAAUAACUACACUCAGCUCAUCCCCUGCUGCUCAUCCACCUCCUCCUCCACGCCAUCCUCGUCUGCCUCCACUGGAUUCACUGUCCCGAGGGUGGUCCGGGGACUUCCAUCCCCGCUGGACAAUGACUUGCACUUUCACCCGAUCCGUGGCUCUGAUGUAAUACUCUCUGCAGAUCGCUCGGCCGCCUGCAUCCAUUUUCUAGACAGCAGUCGGACUCUGGUGUUCAGUGACCGGCCGCUUCACAUUGGUGAGACUUUGUACGUGGAAGUCGGCCAUCUGGGCCUGCCCUACUUUGGGGCACUGUUGUUUGGUUUGACAUCCUGUGACCCUGCUAGUCUGCACGCCGGGGACUUGCCGGCAGACCCCGAGGUUCUCCUGGACCGUAAAGAGUACUGGGUGGUUCACCGGGGCUUUCCCAUGCCUUGUUCUGGAGACAUUCUCAGCUUCACUCUGCUUCCCAGCGGAGAGGUGCACCAUGGGGUGAAUGGAGUAGGACGUGGCCGGCUGCUCUGCGUGGACUCUUCUCAGGUCCUGUGGGCCUUUUUCACCCUGCAUGGGGCUGUCAACAGACUCAGGAUACUAGGAACACUGCAGUCCAGUCCUCCCUCUACAUCCCCCAGCACUUCUCAGAGCAGCAGUCCAGAUGACAGUGACUCAGACCUGGCCUUCAGUGUCAACAGAUCCUCCUCUGCAUCUGAAUCCUCUCUGGUGACUGCUCCCAGCUCCCCACUCAGUCCUCCGGUCUCUCCCACUCUCACUGCCUCAGAACUGCCCCCUGCUGGGAAAAAUGGAGAAUGCACCGUUUGCUUUGACCAGGAGGUGGACACGGUCAUCUACACCUGUGGACACAUGUGUCUGUGCAACGACUGCGGGCUGAAGCUGAAGAGACAGAUCAAUGCGUGCUGUCCAAUAUGCAGGAGGCCUAUCAAAGAUGUAAUCAAGACAUAUCGGCCGUGACCGUCCAGAUGUUUAAACAGGUGCUGUGACUUCCACUGCUGGACGCCACCUGUGUCCAAAUUCUCAGGCUUGGCACGGAUCCUUGGCCCCGACUGAAGAUUAGCCACACCAGACAUAAUUGUGCCUAUAUUACCAUUUUAUAUGGGUAAAUCACUUCUGGAGUAAGACCAAGCGCUUCAUACGCAGAACUGUGAUGAAGCUCAUCUUGAUACAAAGACAUAUGAUACGUGAGCUCCUAUAUUUUGGCUAAGAAAGAAGAGAUGAUUCACGUGCUCGUGUUUUGUAUUUUCCAUGUGAUGUCACAUGUAUUUACUGAGCAGAAAAGCCUGCUGUGAAUAGUUUGUCCUUACCUUCAUUGACCUAGAUUUUAUGUGUGCUUCAGCAGAAUAUGCGGACCGUAGUCUACGACUUCUAGUGCCUUAGAUUUGUCACAUAGUGUGUCCAAGUAAUUAUGCUUACAAUCCUAGCCAUAUUUUCAAUGUACAGUACUGAAAGCGUUACAGAUAGAAAGGUGUAGCUGUAAGUGGUAAAAAAAAUUGUAAAUGUAUGAGAUGUGUGUUCAGUGGCGUGCUUUAAGAAUGAAGAAUCUGGUUUUGCACAUUGUGAGGUUAAUAAAAGUGGACAAGUGUGA